AUGAGGUUUCUAUUUUGCGUUUUAUUUUCUGCGUUUCUAAUAACUACACUGAAAUCUGCAAUCGCCAAAGAUGUCUACGAUCCGACGACAUGCGGUCUACCUGGACCUGACUUCGACAGUCACGAAAACGAUCUUAAAAGUAGAAAAAGGAGAGCAAGAGACAAGAGAGACAUUGAUAACUACUAUUCUGCGGACUAUAAUCCUACUGCUGGUGAUGAGACCGAGGAGGACGAGAACGAUCCGAUGCGAACAAAGAUAAUGGGAGGUGAGAGAGCUGUGAGAGAUGAACUGCCGUGGGCUGCUGCGGUUGUCGUGACUCCUAAGAAGAAAAGUAAGCGUGAACCAGCUGCUAAUUUCGAAUAUUUCAAAUCUGCUCAUUGUUUCAUGGAGGAUCGGAAUCGCACUAUAAGCGUUGAUAAUAUGAUUCCUGAGGGAGACGUUCGGACUAGGGCCUGGGUUGUGAUCGGUGGUACUUGUCAGAAAGUCGACAAAAAAUACAACUGUGCUGAAGAAGAUGUUGUUUCCGGGUACCAAAUUAAGAGAGCAUCUUAUAGAAGUUUUUUCGAGCCUGGACGUUUCUACACACGUGACUUCGCGAUUCUUGAGCUAACUGAUGACGUUCCUAAACAUAUCCAUCAUGCUUGUCUUCCUCACAUGAACAAGAAGAUCGAUAUAGGUGAUUCAUCGAUAAGAAUGAGCUCAUUUGGAUGGGGCAGCGACCCAGUAAAAAAACUCGAUAUGGUACCAUUCCUCCAGAAAGUGAUGUUAGGUGUGAAAAUGACUGAAAAGGAAUGCAAAAAAUUCUACCCCAAAAAGUUGGAUGACACCUUCUGCACCUUUGAACGUUCCGACCGAAACGUUUGCCGUGGCGAUAGUGGUAGUGGAAUUACAGCAAAUAUAGGCGGCAGAACAUAUCUUGCUGGAGUAGUGUCUUUUGGAUCAUCAUGCGAUGAUUUGCAAAGCGGCCGUGAAAAACCAGGAGCUCAGCUCAACACGGACGUUACUAAGUAUGCUGCUCUAAUCGAUACUUUGUCUUCAAAGUGUGUGUUCGGUGUGUCGCUGUCGACAAGUUGA